CCGAAACCCCCCGAAACCUCGCACCCCGAGCCUUCCCCGCCAAGCCCAACGCACGGUAUCGGGAGAGGAGACUCGGAGAGCCUCGGAUUCGAAGCGCCCAGUCUCAUCCGGUCGGGCCACAUCAUGGGCUGCCAGGCCUUGUUCAGCCUGGGGCAGCAGCUCCUGCGGCGAAAGGUGGUGGACGGCAGCCAGGACGAGAGCAAGCUGUCCCGCUGCCUGAACACGUUCGACCUGGUGGCGCUGGGCGUGGGCAGCACCCUGGGCGCCGGGGUCUACGUGCUGGCCGGUGCCGUGGCCCGGGAGGACGCCGGCCCGGCCAUCGUCCUGUCCUUCCUGAUCGCCGCGUUGGCCUCGGUGCUGGCUGGCCUGUGCUACGGGGAGUUCGGGGCCAGGGUCCCCAGGACGGGCUCCGCCUACCUCUACAGCUACGUCACCGUGGGCGAGCUCUGGGCCUUCAUCACCGGCUGGAAUUUAAUUCUCUCCUACAUCAUCGGCACCUCGAGCGUGGCCCGGGCCUGGAGCGCCACCUUUGACGAGCUCAUCAACAAACAGAUCAGCAACUUCUCCCGGAUGCACAUGUCCCUGAACGCUCCCGGCGUCCUGGCCGAGUACCCGGACAUCUUCUCCGUGCUCAUCAUCCUCGUCUUGACGGGUCUGCUCACCUUCGGGGUGAAAGAAUCGGCCAUGGUGAACAAAGUCUUCACGUGCGUCAACGUCCUGGUGCUGGGCUUCGUCAUGGUGUCGGGCUUCGUGAAGGGCUCCAUCAGAAACUGGCAGCUCACCGAGGAGGACGUGUGGAACAUGACCAACCGGAUGCCCACGCACAACAAGACGUCUGACGAAGGCCAGCCCUAUGGAACUGGCGGGUUUAUGCCCUUCGGGUUCUCCGGGGUCCUGUCGGGGGCCGCCACCUGCUUCUACGCCUUCGUGGGCUUCGACUGCAUCGCCACCACAGGGGAGGAAGUGAAGAACCCCCAGAAGGCCAUCCCCGUGGGCAUCGUGGCGUCGCUCCUCAUUUGCUUCGUGGCGUACUUCGGGGUCUCGGCCGCCCUCACCCUCAUGAUGCCCUACUGCCUCCUGGACAUCGACAGCCCCUUGCCGGUGGCCUUCAAGCACGUGGGCUGGGAAGGGGCCAAGUACGCCGUGGCCGUCGGCUCCCUCUGCGCCCUGUCCACCAGCCUCCUGGGUUCCAUGUUCCCCAUGCCGCGGGUCAUCUACGCCAUGGCCGAAGACGGGCUCCUCUUCAAGUUCCUGGCCAAGAUCAGCAGACGGACAAAAACCCCCGUCAUCGCGACGCUGACGUCGGGAGCCAUCGCCGCCAUCAUGGCCUUCCUCUUCGACCUGAAGGACCUGGUGGAUCUCAUGUCGAUCGGCACGCUGCUGGCAUACUCCCUGGUGGCCGCCUGCGUCCUGGUGUUGAGGUACCAGCCCGAGCAGCCCAGUUUGGUGUACCAGAUGGCCAGAACCAGCGACGACACCGAGGCCGCGGAGCAGAACGAGCCCAUGAGCACCAGCGACUCGCAGGUGAGGUUCUUGCCCGGCGAAGGCAAGGACGAGGACGGGGAGAGGUGCACCCUCGGGGCCGUUCUGUUCCCGAAGAACGAGGAGCCUUCCAAGCUUUCGGGGUCCGUCGUCAACAUCUCCACCGGUCUCGUAGGGGUUCUCAUCGCCACGUUCUGCAGCGUGGCCGUCCUGGGGAAGGCCGCCCUGCUGCGGGGGGCCCCGUGGGCCGUCGUCGUCCUCGUGCUGUCCGCCCUGCUCUGCGUCGCCGUCACCGCCGUCAUCUGGAGGCAGCCGGAGAGCAAGACCAAACUCUCCUUCAAGGUGCCCUUGCUGCCGGUGCUGCCCGUCCUGAGUAUCUUCGUGAACGUCUACCUCAUGAUGCAGCUCGACCGAGGCACCUGGGUGCGGUUUGCCGUCUGGAUGAUUCUGGGAUUCGUGAUCUAUUUCGGGUACGGCCUGUGGCACAGCGAGGUGGCGUCCCUGGCGGCAGAGGACCCGGCCAAGACGCCCGACGACCCCUCGGAUCCCUGCAAAUGAGCCCCCUUCCGCGCCGCCCAGCGGGCGGCCCCGCCGUGGCCGUGGGGACCCGGGGAGGCCCCGACUCUCUCCCGGAGGACGGGGGGAGGACCCCCCGCGGCGCCCCCACCCCCUCCACGCCCACACCGGGAGGGCUACACCCGCGUCGCGGCGCCCCCGCCUCCCCCGCCCCUC